AUGGCGGCUGGAAGCAGUGCUGCGACCACGACGAAGGCUCCUGUGCGAAUGAGCAAGUUGUUUUCGCACAUGCUUGGUGACUGUCCACUCGAUAUCCAAGCAUACGGCAACUGCGUCGCCGACGUCCACGGCCGCGUAGCCCGUCAGACGUGCGAGAAGGAGUUCCAGAAGCUUCGUGCGUGCUUCGAGCGCGCGCUGCACAAACGCCGCACGUAG